CAGUUAAAAUUAGAAGGGUUAGUCUCGUGGAAGCCGUGGCAAUAUGUGUGAAACGUCGCAGCUGCGUGGACAGCACGUUUGUAAAUUCUGGUCAUUGCAUUUGACUCAGAAACUUUUGUAGAAUCGGGAUAGGAAUUUUCUAACAGCCUUGUUAACAUUGACGACUUGAUUCUUGGAAUCUGAAUUCAUUUUUUGUUGCUUAUAAUGAAGCGCAAGGUCAGCGAUCUGAGAGUUGCUGAGCUGAAAGUAGAGCUCGAAAAACGUGGCUUGGAAAGCAAAGGACUGAAAGGUGUUCUUGUUCAGCGACUGCAAAAGGCCAUCGAGGAAGAAGGUGGUAAUGCCAGUGAAAUUGAAUUCUCUGCAUCAGAAACUGCUUCACCAAAAGCUUCUCGAAGGUCUGUCGGGCGAUUGAAGCGCACUGUUGAAAGUGAAGAAGAGUCAUCUCAGGAGGAAAAAGUGGAGACUGGAGAGCCUCACACUGUGGAAGUAACUGAAAGGGCAGAAGAAAUCAAUGGCUCCAAUACAAUUGGUGAGGCAUCAUUUCACUCGGUCAAUCCAUCUCAAAUCGAGCAACAAAACGUCGUAAUAGAGGAAGAAAUUACAGAGGAAGUUCGCACUCAAGACACUGAAGAGGUACCGGCUGACGACAACGAUGCCACUCCAACGAGAGAUGAGGAAGAUGAUGAGGGUUCUACAUAUGAGGAAGACACUCAACAAGUGUGUGAUGAGGAAGUUAUCGAAUCAGAGGAGGUUAAUAUGGAAGGUAAUGAUUUCAGGUCGGAACACGAGGAUGUUGGUGAAUAUCCUGAGGACGAGGGCCAAAUUCAGGAAGAAGCUUCAGUGGAUGUGACUGGAGAGGGUGAACAAGUAGUGGCCGCAUUUAGGGAGUCUGAAAGCAAUGUCAAUAUGGAGGAAACCAUUGAGGAACCUGCAGCUGGGAGUCUCGUUAAAAAUGAAGGGGACAUUGCGCAAGAGAACUUAACAGAGGAGGUAGUCGUCUCUGAAGUCUAUCUCCCUGAAAAGACUAUUGAAGAGGCUGAUGUAGCACAAACGGAAACGGGUCAUACUUUAAAUAAAAUGGAUACUAUGGACAAUAACAUUAGUGAAAGUACAAUUCAAGAUGUCAAAAUGAAUGUGGAAAAUAUAAAGGACGAAAAAGUCAUUAAACAAGAUUUAGUUGAUGAGAAAGAGAAAUCAGAGACUGGGAAAGAUGAAGUUGCAGCUGAAGAAGACUUCCUCGACAUGUUGGAUUAUGAUCUUGAGAUUACUAGCGAUCAAAAUAACAUAAACCCAGAGGACCAGCAGACAAAAACUUCAGAAAGCGACGGUACAAAUACCGGGAAAUCAACCAAUGGCAAAACCAUGUCCCCCUCACAACAACGCAAAACAAGGCAAAGCUCAGACUCCCUAAGAAGGCCAUCAGCCGACCAAACAAAAUCCGGAGGGCAAUCAUCAAAGAGUUCAACCUCGGCAACUAAGGAUGGAAAUAAGACACCCUCUAGUGGUAAAAGUGGUUCUGCAUCAAAGAAAGACGAUUCAUCGAAUAAGAACUUAUGGGUCAGUGGUCUAUCAUCAACAACUCGUGCGAGCGAAUUGAAAAGUGCUUUCAGCAGAUAUGGCAAAGUAAUUGGAGCCAAAGUUGUGACAAAUGUAAAAAGUCCUGGUUCUCGUUGUUAUGGCUACGUCACUAUGGCAACUGCAGAAGCUGCUAGCAAAUGUAUUCUUCAUCUGAAUAAUACCGAGAUGCAUGGACGAAUGAUCACUGUCGAAAUUGCGAAAGGUGAUCCGUCUGCCUCUUCAAAGAAACCAGCUUCAAGCAGUUCUGCCAAGAAAGAGUCUGAAUCGAAAGACGCUUCAUCGAAAUCUAAGGAAUCUGAUUCCAAACCUGGUUCUACAUCAACUAGACGCCAGUCUGGAGCUGCUACAUCGUCAUCCACUAAGGAUGCAAGUGGAGAUAAAGAUAAAAUAGACAGUGACAAAAAACCUGCUUCAUCGGAUGCUAAAAGUAAAGAUGGUUCAGCUGCAAGAAAAAGUACUGAUGACACCAAAAACACUAGAAAAUCCAAAUCUCCUGCUCGCGAUAGAUCUCGUGCUGAGAGAACUUCCGCCAGUGGACCUCGUGGAGAGAAACGACACAACAGAUCUCCACCACAUAAUAGAAAUGCUUCAUCACGUAGCAGUACUGGAGCUUCUGGAGGUAAAGAUGAACCAGAGAGAAAAAGAGCAAGACAGCCUGAUGCAGCUGACAGAAAAGUUGUCAUUGAUUCUAAUAAAGGUGAACUCAGAGUGAACGUCAGCAGAAACAGUGAAAGAGCUGCCAGAUGGCAAGGCAAUGAUCAGAAGCCUAAACCACUCCUGUCGAGGAGAAGAAGCGCUUCUCCAAUGAGAAGAAGACCUUUAUCACCUAUGAGAGGAUCAGUUCUAUCUAGAACUGGAAGAGGGCGAGGUGGCCGGAUGGGAGGCAGAGGAGGUAUGUUGUCAAGACAAUCAGGUACUUAUGAAGAUAGAAGGGGUGCUCAAUCCAGAAACACUGGCAGAGGAGGAAUCCUGUCAUUCAAUCAAAUAAGAGCUCAGCAACGGGAACGUGAUCGAGCUCGUAUUGCUGAACGUGGGGCUAGGUUGGGGCGUGGAGGUGCAUCACGAGCCGAUCUUCACGCUGAUCGAGAACGAUUGAGGCGGGAAAGAGAAGAAAGAGAUAAACUGAGACAGGAACGAGAGAGAUUGGAAAGAGAAAGAAGACAAUUGGAAAAAGAUAGACAAGAAAGAGAGAGACUCGAAGCAGAGAGACUUCGUCUUGAAGCUGAAAGAAAAAGAGAAUUAGAAAGAAUUGAAAGAGAGAAAGCUGAAAUGAGAAGAUUGCAAGAAAUCACCAGGUACGAAGUGGAACAACGACAACGUGCAAUCAAGCGAACAUACGACGAUGAUUCAACUGGUCACCGUGGCAACCGUUCAUCCAACCGUGAUAUAUAUGACUCGAAACGUCCGAUGGUUUCUGACAGAGAAAUUGGAAGAAGCGAUUCAAGACGAGAACGAGAUGACAGAAGAGGCUAUGAUGGCUACAAUCAGCGUGGUGGACCAUCGAGAAACGGACCUUUGUCACGAAACGAUUCUUCUGAACCUCCUCCACCUGGUACUACAACCUACAGAUCAAGUCAGCAGGGUACAUACCAUGGAUCAGGAAGUGGUCCAACAGAUGGUCGUGGAAAAUCUGGUAACAGUGCUGCUGGACAAUAUCGUGAUGGUAGACGAGGGCCUGAUGGAGAUGCCAGAUAUGGUGGAAGCACAGCAGCAACUGCUGGUAGAACAGUUGAAAAAUAUGACAGAAGACCUGGAUCAAGAGAUACUGCUGGUGGAAGAUCUGUGGAAUAUGCUCAUGGUUAUGAUCGUGAAACAGCAGAUUCACAGGGUCGUAGGCGACCUACUGCUGCAUCAGGCAGGGACCAGAGUGGAAGAAAAGUCGUCAGGGAGAGACAGACAGGUUCCAGUGCCACAAGUCAGGAAUUCAGACGUCCCGGUGCUCGCAGUGGAUCUGGAGCUAGAAUAGAAAUCACAAGAGAGCAGUCGCCUCCAGUCCGACGUGCCAGAAGAGAUAGUUCACCUUCUGGUAAUGCAAGGGCACCAUCCAGUGGAUCAAGAGGGGGUGCUUGGCGAGAUACUGGAAAGACGACUGGACGUGAGACGUCACGAAGAGGAGUUGAUGAUAGAGAUUUGAGAGAACAGAUCAGAGGUGGCAGACAGGAUUCAUAUUCUGAACAAAGUAGAGAAAGAGGCAGCCAGAGGAGAGGAGGUGGAGGAAGUCAUCAUGACAGCAGUCACUCUCCAUCUCCACCAGGAAGAUCCAGCGGACAAUAUCAAGGAAGAUGGCCUGAUAGUACAGAAUCCAGUUCCUCUCAGAUUUAUUCUGUUGGAUCUGAGGGCAGCUCCAUUCCUACAACAGGACGUAAUACAGGAAGUGCAGCAUGGGGUCAUGUACAACAGUGGCCAAGUGCAACACAGAACGUUAGAGCUUGGCCAGGUUCAUCAAUGCCUGCUUCGGCCACGUCUGCCAUUUCUAGACAAAUGCUUGCAGCAGCAGGUUACGGUACAGUUGCACCCUCUCCCACUGCAUUGAUAGCACCACCACAAUCUAUGAUACCUGCAACACAAGGCUACAUCCCAUCAUCCGACACAAGGCAAUCAAGAUCUUCGUUUCCCGCCAAUUAUAAACCCAUACAAAGGAGAUACUGAUUGUUUCAUAGUUUAGAAUUAUCGUGAUGUUUCAAUAAUAAUCAUAAUAAGUUGAACGCCAAGUAACUAAAUUCUAUCUGCUGCACCCUGAUCCGUGCUAUAAUUUAUCCUGCAACCUUUAUGAUAAUCACAUUUUACUGUAGUUUGGUAUUACCGUUACUUCUAGUGGGCAUGGCAUAACAAUUUUGGCCCCCAUCUGACUACGUCCUUCAACAUUUACGUCACGGCGAUGUCGAUCACUUAAGAGCUAUCCAAAGUAUACGACGAUCGCGGGUAACGGUGCCCGCGACCAUGAAAAAAUGCACCAGCGAUCCCGUUAUCACAGACUUAACUCUACUUAGCUUCCUGAUCUUUAUCGCGUCUGUUAUGAUUUGGCGUAGGCUAUUAAUGAUUUAAGACAGGUUUUAUAAAAUGAUUAGUGUGCCCAGAACGAGCUUGAUUUUCGUGGAUUCCUUCCUACUCAAUAGCGACACCUGUGGAUCGUCUCUCUUGUGUCCAAGCUGCUUUUAGUUAUUUUAUUGAUCCAAGGCAAGACUCCGGCAAAAUUGUUUUCUUAUGAUUUUAUCUUAGUUGCAGGACGCAUAAUUUGAUUUUCUUCUUUUCUUAUUUUUAUUUCGAUUGAUGUGAAUAAAUAUGAAACCAUUUUUA